AAAAUUGAAAAUAUUCUCCAUCCCGCUGCUGCUGCUAUAGAUCUACUAUAAUUUUCCGACCCAGUUCCAGUGUCAGUGUCGGUUAUCUGAAAAAGUUAGAAGAGAUGAGAGGCGGAGCCGGGGGAAAGAGAAGAACGACGGUGGGUUUUGGCGGAGCGCCGCCGCCACCACCACCAUCAAUCGAGCAACAACGUCAACUCUUCAACUCAAGAGACUCCGACGCGAGUUUCGCUAGCAGCCGUCCUUCAUCGAUUGGUUUAGGCGGCCGAGCCACCGAUGACAGAUCUCACCAGUCUUCGAUGAUUCGAUUCAUCAAAUCGUUCCUCUCUUCUCAUAAAUGCCCGAUCCAAAUCCGCUUUAAUCCUGCUCCUUCUGUCAAAGACAUCUCCGAAACCCUAAAAUUCUUGCUGGAAGCCUUAGAUUACCCAUGCGAUUCCAACAAAUGGGAUGAGGAUAUCGUCUUCUUCCUCAAAUCGCAGAACUGUCCUUUGAAGAUCACUAAAUCUAGCCUCAAAGCUCCCAAUACGCCUCACAAUUGGCCUACUAUUCUCGCCGUUAUUCACUGGUUGGUUGAGCUCGCUUGUUACCGUCAACAUCUACUUACCAAUUCCACCUCCGCCCCCGAAGCUAACUCCAUGAAUUUCUUCGCCAUUCGAAGCUUUUCUCACUUCAUUCGCCUCGAGGAUGAUUUGGAUUCUGAAUUGCAAAAUGAAUUUUUGGGUAAACUGGAAGCGGAGAAGGCUAGCGUCGCUGAAACCAUCUCUGGUUUUGAGAAAGUUUCCGGUGAGUUAGAGGCGAAAGUUGAUUCGUUGAGGAAAGGUCCGUCGAAGAAGGAAGCUCUUGAGAAAGUUAAAGCCGAUCUGGAGAAAGACGUGAACAAGUUCCGAACCAUCGUUGUGGAGUAUACUGACAGGACCCAAGCGGUGGAGAAAGUUGUGGAGGAGAAACAUAAGGAGCUCAAAGCUAAGGAAGAAGAGAGAGAGCGAAUCUCUGAAGAGAAUAAAGAGCUCAAGAAGAAUGUGGAGCUUCAGAACUUUAGCGCCAGAGAUGUUGAGAGGAUGAGAAGAGAGUUACAAGCUGUUGAAAGAGAUGUUGCAGAGGCUGAAGCUGCUAGAGAUGGUUGGGAUCAGAAAGCUUGGGAACUCAAUUCACAGAUUAGGAAUCAGUUUCAUCAGAUUCAGGCACUUGCCAUUGAUUGUAACCAAGCUCUUAGGAGAUUGAAGCUUGAUAUUCAGUUUGUUGUAAACGAGAGAGGGGAAACACCUGCAGAGGUGAUGGGUGUGGAUUAUAAGUCUGUGGUGAAGCCAGCUCUGUGUUCAUUAUACGAUGGGAUCAAAGAAAGCUCGGCGGAGAAGGUGGAGGAAUUAAUCACGUUACAACACCAGGUGUCUGAAAUGGCUUCAAAGUUCGAAUCCAAAAAGAGUCUUCUUGGGUCAAUUCAGUUGCAGAUCAAUGAACUCGAAGAGAAGAUGAGGUUGGUGAAGAAGGAAACUCAAGAGUUGACUGCGAAAUGCGACUUGGAGGCAAAAACAAUGGUAGAGAGUGUGAAAACGGAGGCUUUGAAUCUGGAAGUGGUGGAGAAAGAAGCUGCGGAGUUUUUGAAAACUUCAGAGCUUAGUUUGCAAGAAGCAGUUAAGAAGAGUGAAGAGGAGGUUCAAGCAUGUGCUGCACUACUCUUUGCACUUAUUGAUUCGAUAUCGAAACAGAAAGAGUACAUGGACUCAAAGGUAUCCGAGAUCAAAACUGGUGUUGCUGAUACUGCCAGGGCUGUUUCAGAGAUAUAUAAAACGAGCUUCAAGAAGCACCGUGGUAUCUAGGGAUUGGAUGGUAUUGGCCAAGAGUUUGUUAAAGCGUGAGUAAUUUGUAUCUUUUAUAGCUUUUGUCAAAUAGUCUUAUUUAUGUUUAGGGUGGUCUGUAUAAGUUUGGUCCCCAUUUGUUCGAAUCAGCUUCGUAGGAAUGUCUUUGUUUACUCAAGAGAAGUAUUGUGACCAAGUUACGCAGGAUUUCCAAUGAAGAACACGUACCUUGUUUUA